AUGGCCACCACCUCUAACCGUGUCGGCCAUCCGGUGCGCAACCGAAAGCGUAAUCGCAACAUCUACAACGAGGACGAGGAGACCUCCUUCGGCCCCUCGAAUCGCAUCAGUCAGCUGUACGCCAGCCAGCCGUCCACGUCGGGGUCGUCCACCUCCACCGCCGCCGGAAACUCAACGAUCACAAACACCGGCACCGCCUCCACCUCCGCCUCCUCUUCAUCAACAUCAACAUCAGCUGCUGAUAACAAGGGAGCAUCAUCCAAAGGCAAACAGGUGUCCGUCUUUGGGCCCUCCUCCUCCUUCUCAUCUUCAAAAGGAGGAGGAAGCCAGAAUGAGUACAACAACAACAACAGCAGCAGCGGCAACAGCGGCAGUAGCAAUAACGCCAGCACUAGCACCAGCACCAGCAACACUGGCAGCCCCUCGAAGGCGAAUCGCUUCAACAAGCACAUCGGCGCCGCG